AUGGCCAAAGAGUACCAGUUCAGUUGGAAGCCCAACAUCCCUGAUGCUCUUCUGAAAGGUUAUGAAUUCGAUAAAUAUGAUGAUGAAAGCAUAUGUCUAGAAUGUAGUACAUUUCUUCGUGUGGAUGAGUAUGGAUUUUUUUUGUACUGGACAUCAGAAGAAAAGAAAGAUACAUCAGUGCUCGACCUUAUCCUGGUCUGGGAAGCAAGACGUGGUACAUUACCGAAAGAUGGACGGGUAAUGUUUGAAUUGGAGCAGCAUGGACCACGUGAAACCAUUGAAGACAGAACAAUUUGGCUUACAUAUGGUCCUGAUUUAGUCAGUGUUAGUAAUUACUAUUUGGUUGCAGAAGAUAUUGAAAUUGCCAAGAUCUGGCGAAAUGGUCUGAAUGAAAUUUUAAGAACAAGUAAAAUGCGACAUAUUUCUUAUACAACAAGCUUGAUGAAAAAUUGGCGCUAUUUAUGUCUCUGUUUGAAUGAACAUCAAAAAAUUCCCAUAAGAAAUAUUGUCAAAAUCUUUUCCGGUGGUAAAACAGAUCGAAUGGUGCAGAAAUGUCUCAGUGAUCUCGGACUUUCGGGCAAUAAAGAACAUGAUGAACUUGAUGUGGAAUUAUUUACUUUCGACAAAUAUUUGCGCUUAUAUUAUAAAAUAUGUCCACGAAGUGAUGUGCAAGAAUUAUUCGUAAAAUUAAGUGGUCAAAAAGAAUAUCUUACCAAAGAUCGUUUAAUAAAUUUCUUGAAUGAAGAACAGAGGGAUCCUCGACUGAACGAAAUAUUGUUCCCAUUUUUUGAUGAUAAGAGAGUGCUGAAUUUAAUAUCAAAAUACGAAAGUGAUGAAAAUUAUAUAAAUAAUGGGAAAAUGUCUGGCGAUGCUUUCUUACGGUUUUUGAUGUCUGAUGAAAAUGCACCAAUAUUUUUAGAUCGAGUCGAGCUUUAUCAGGAUAUGGAUCAACCUCUGUGUCACUAUUAUAUUAAUAGUUCGCACAAUACAUAUCUCACUGGAAGGCAAUAUGGCGGAAAAAGUUCGACUGAAAUUUAUCGUCAGGUUUUAUUGUCGGGGUGUAGAUGCAUUGAACUAGAUUGUUGGGAUGGUACUGGGGAAAAUAAGGGUGAACCAAUUAUCACCCAUGGCAAAGCAAUGUGUACAGAUGUUUUUUUCAAAGAUGUGCUGUAUCAAAUUCGGGAUACUGCUUUUGCUAGGUCUGAUUUUCCAGUGAUUUUAUCAUUCGAAAAUCACUGCUCUAGAUCAAAUCAACUCAAAAUGGCAAAAUAUUGUAUGGAUAUACUUGGUGAUAUGUUGCUGUCAAAGCCUUUGGAUGAUUAUCCGCUUGAACCAGGAGUACCAUUGCCAUCACCCAAUCGUUUGAAACGUAAAAUACUAAUUAAAAAUAAACGAUUGAAAGCAGAUAUUGAAAAACUACAAAUGGAACAGUUUCUCCGCGAGGGUAAAUUAGAUGGCGAAGAUGAACCGGUCGAAAAUCCAGAAGCUUCUGUUGGCGAGGAAAUUUCAGCACUUACAGUUAGUGACCAGAGAGCACAUCCGGAGGUAGAAGUUUGCGAUGCACACUCAACGUCAACAUUAGACGCAAAUGAUGGUGCGCUAUUAAGAGACUUAGAUGAAGCACAUCCUGAAUUCAAACAAACAAAUUUCAUAUCAAAAUUGAAACCUCUUGUUGCCAAGAAACCUCAGUCUGGAAGUGAAUCACCGCCGCAUAUUGUUGGAAAUGUGGCGCUACCCAUAUUUGCAUCAUCAUCAUUCCGCAACAAACGAUCGUUUCGCCGAACUUCACGAGUGGCAGAAUGUGAAGGCAGUGGCGGGAGUUUAAGUGCCGCAUUACUGGAUCCACAGCCACAACGUCAUUUAUCAACAAGGCAGAAAAAUAAAAAGCAACAAUUAACAAAAGAAGAGGAGGAACGCAUUUUUGCGGAAUAUCAUUAUACGGGUGCAACUACCAAUAUACAUCCUCUGUUGUCAAGCCUCGUUAAUUAUACUCAUCCAGUGAAAUUUUCUGGUUUCGAUGUUGCUGAAGCGAAUAAUCUGCACUUCCACAUGUCUUCAUUCUCGGAAAGUACGGGUUUGGGGUAUCUGAAGCAGAGUGCUCCAGAAUUCGUUAAUUACAAUAAGCGCCAAUUAUGUAGAAUAUAUCCAAAAGGCGCUCGCGUCGAUUCUAGCAAUUUUUUGCCUCAGAUAUUUUGGAAUGCUGGCUGCCAAAUGGUGGCAUUAAAUUUUCAAACUCCUGAUAUAUCUAUGCAGCUCAAUCAAGGGAAGUUUCAGUAUAACGGUGGAUGUGGAUAUCUCUUAAAACCUGAUUUCAUGAGACGACCUGACAGAUCAUUUGAUCCAUUUUCUGAAUCUCCCGUUGAUGGCGUAAUUGCAGCACACUGCACUGUGAAGAUCAUAUCAGGCCAUUUUUUAUGUGAUAGAAAAGUUGGAACUUACGUAGAGGCAGAAAUGUAUGGUCUUCCAACAGAUACGAUACGAAAAGAACAUCGAACACGUACUGUGCCUGCUAAUGGAUUGAAUCCUGUAUACAAUAGCGACCCCUUUGUGUUUAGAAAGGUUGUCUUACCGGAACUAGCGCUUUUACGUCUUGUUGUUUAUGACGAAAAUGGAAAACAACUUGGACAGAGAAUAUUACCGCUAGAUGGUUUACAAGCAGGUUACCGACAUAUAACACUUCGUACAGAAUCAAACAUGCCUAUGGUAUUGCCAUGCCUUUUUGUUCGAAUCGUAAUCAAAACUUAUGUUCCCGAUGAACUGAGUGGCCUAGUAGAUGCAUUGGCGGACCCACGCGCAUAUGUUUCUGCACAGGAAAAACGAACAGAAGCUUUAUAUAAUAUGGGCGUUGAAGAUUCGGAUAUAGUAGAAGUGACAUCAAGUUCGUUGAAGACACUAUCAAACAAGAAUAUGUUGCGAAUAAAUGGAGCUCCACUAGAUCAAAACUACGAGUCUUUGAAGUCAACGGUAUUAUUGAAAGAUUCAGCUCGUUUGAACACGGAAGCUACAGAUGGCAAGCAGAAGAUGGAAGCAAUCAAUAUUGGCGACUUAAAAAAAGAUAAAUGUUUUCAAAAAUUAGUUCGGAAAUUUCAAAAAGAUAUGAACGAACUGAAGAAACGACAUCAAAAACAGAGGGGAUCAGUUCAAAAGCAGCAGCAAAUGACUGUCGACAAAUUGAUUUGUGACAGUUACAAGCAGUCUAAAUGGCGAACAGUGGCUAACAGUGCGGGAAGUCAGAAACAUCAAUCACUGUCAUAUAUGAAGUCGGAACCAAUACCGCACAAUAUUGACAUGACUAAUAAUUACAAAAUGAAGUCCUUAAUAUUGUCUCAAACCGAUGAAUGGUCGUCGAUGAUGCGAAGGCACGAAAGAGAAUGUCACGAUCUAAGGCGAUCACAAAUAAAAGAAGAAUUUGAAUGUCUAGGGAAACUGCUUCAGGAUGCUCAAAAACAGCAAAUGAAUAUGUUAAAGCUGAAGUUGGAAGCUGAAAACAAGGAUUUGAAGCAAGCCCAGACAAAAAAGAGUAUGGAAGAUGCUCGAGCUAUACAACAGGAUAAAAACAUCAAAACAAAAGCAGAAAGGGAUCGACGAAUAAAAGAAAUGAAUGAAAAAAAUUUGAAAGUGUUCUGCGAAGAACGGAAAAGACUGGCUAUAAAAGCUCAGAAACAUGAGGAACAGUUGAUGAAAAGGCAUGGAGAGCAAUAUGAACAGCUUGAGAAAGAUGCAGAAAAGGAGCUAGAAUUGGAAGAAAUGAGUCACCGAGAAACCCAAUUAGCCUCCAAACCUGAAUUUAUUUGCUGA